GUAUAAAUGAGUCCCCUGAAUGAAUCAGAAGGGAAAUGGCUCAGUCGAUUGAAGGUUAAGUCACUGAGUCCAGGAGACAGACUGGAAGAGGAAUCUAGCUCCUGAUUGGAGAAACUGGAGAAAGUUUCCAGCCUGAGUCUAAGCCUGGGCUGGGGCCGCAGCUGGCUGACUGAUAGGACACCGGGAACCUGAGUCUACUCCUGGUCUGGGACAGUAACGUGCAGGCCCAGAAAAGUGUUGGUCAGCUGCCUCUUUCCUGUUCAGAAUGAUGGAUGAAGAGAACUCCCGGAUAGAUUCCGACUUCAGAUACACUCUCUUCCCCGUUGUCUAUGGUAUCGUCUUUGUGCUGGGCGUCAUCUCCAAUGGUUAUGUGCUGUGGGUGUUUAUCAGCCUCAAUCCCGCCAAGAAAUUAAAUGAGAUCAAGAUCUUCAUGGUCAACCUGACGGUGGCUGACCUGCUCUUCUUGGUUACUCUGCCCUUGUGGAUUGUCUAUUAUUUUAAUCUUGGCAACUGGAUCCUCCCCAAAUUCCUCUGCAAUGUGGCAGGCUGUCUCUUCUUCAUCAAUACGUAUUGUUCUGUUGCCUUUCUUGGGGUCAUUACUUACAACCGCUUCCAGGCUGUGACAGACCCCAUCAAAGCGGCCCAAUCCACCACACGCCGCCGGGGCAUCAUCCUUUCCUUGAUCAUCUGGGUGGUGAUUGUGGGGUGUGCCUUAUAUUUCCUCUUCAUGGAUUCCACCAACGUUGUUUCCUUGAAGACCGAUGGGGGAAAUGUAACCCGCUGCUUUGAACAUUAUCAAGAGGGAAGUGUGCCCAUCCUCAUCAUCCAUGUUGUCAUUGUCUUUUGCUUCUUCAUCGUAUUCCUUGUCAUUCUGGUCUGCAAUGUGAUUAUUAUCCGGACCUUGUUGGCUCAGCCCCUCCAGCCCCAGAACAAGGCUAACGUUAAACACAAAGCCCUCUGGAUGGUCUGCACCGUAAUGGCUGUCUUCUUCAUCUGCUUCGUGCCCCACCACAUCGUCCAGUUGCCCUGGACCCUGGCGGAGCUGAAGAUGGGUUUUAAGGAAAACCAUCGCAUCCAUCAGUCCAUCAAUGAUGUCCACCAGGUUACCCUCUGCCUCAUGAGCAUCAACUGUGUCUUGGACCCCAUCAUCUACUGCUUCCUCACCAAGAAAUUCCGAAAACACCUCUCAGAGAGGUUACAGAGCAUGAGAGGGAGUCGCAAAUGCUCCCGGGUCACCACAGACACAGGUGUGGAAGUGGUCGUGCCCCUCAACAACUACCCCAUCAAUCCCACGAACAAUUAGGCCGUGGCUCCCCUGACCCAGAGUCAAGAACCAUUGCCCUGCAGGGGUUUUGCUGGGAUCUAGAAAGGAAAGAGAAGGCCCUCCACCUGAGCCCAGAAAGUACCCUCUGCCUUAUUUCUCUGGACAUCUACAGGUCAAGUCUGAGCAGAGGUGAGAUAACUUCUCCAAACCAGGCUGAGAAGAUCCAAAUCUUGCCUGAACAGGCUGCUCUGUCUUCCCUUAGAAAAAUACGCCUGCUCUCAGGAAACCCUACUCUCCUCAGCUUCCAGGAUCAUGUUAGAGAAUCGGCAUGCACUAGUGUGGUGGUUCCCAUUUAGUGGUUCACAAGCCCCUUGGGGGUUCAGUAUGAUGGUGCUGAAUAGAGUGCCAGACCUGGAGUCAGGAAGACCUGAGUUUCUUACUGGCUGUGUGACCUUGGGCAAGUCACUUAACC